AUGUUCAUUCAGUUCAUUCUAGUCCCCGUUUGUCGUAUUCUGUCACGUAGAACACUCGCAAUGGAUACUCCAUCGAUCGAUAUUCAGAAUAUUAGAGCAAAAUACAACAACUCCCAAGAGCCAUAUCUGCUCGAAGAGAAGCUCCCUACUACUGAUCCAUUCUCCCUUUUCGAUAUCUGGUUCCGUGAUGUGGCAUCUCAAUCUGAUUUGACAUUUGAGGAAAUCAAUGCGGUCUCAUUGUCAACUGUCGGAAAGGAUCUCCGCCCGUCGUCGAGAAUGGUCCUUCUUAAAGCUUACACACCAACUGGCUUCUCUUUCUUCACGAACUAUACUAGUAGAAAAGGAAAUCAGUUAAAAGAAAAUCCGAACGCCGCUAUGCUUUUCUACUGGCCGAAAGUAAAUCGCCAGGUGAGAGUGGAAGGAGUAGUUGAGAAGCUUCCUAACGAAAUGGCAGUAGCUUAUUGGAACUCGAGACCUCUGGCAAGCCGCAUUGGAUCAAAAUCGAGCCUUCAAUCAGAAGUAGUACCAAAUAGACAGUUUCUGGAAUCCAAAAAAACUGAACUGACAGAAUUGGCUGCUCGCGAAGGUGGCGAUGCCAUCACGAAACCGAAUUCGUGGGGAGGCUUUCAUUUGGUUCCACAAUACUUCGAGUUCUGGCAAGGACAAUCUGACCGUCUUCAUGACAGAAUAGUUUUCGAACAAGAUCGUGAAGCCUGGCUAAUCAAGAGACUUUCUCCAUAG